UGCCAUGUGACGUCAACUCUGCCCCAUUUGAAUCGCCCUUUCCAGCAAAAAAAGCCUAUGGCACUGUCGCUCAUUUCACCGCCCUCCCUAGUGGGCUUGCCCACAUACUACCUGCGUUCAUUUUUCUCGCCACCCGCAGCCGAGACACGCUGCCGCUGCAUAUUCCAGUGCUACUCCCCGGCUAAUGCUCUGCGCAAUAUGCUGCAAUUUCACUGGUGGUCAAUUUAUGCUGUGCAACCCACCUCCCUUACCAAUACAAACCAAAUAAUGUCAUUUGAACAAAAAACAAAUAUGCUAAACUCAUAUUGCCCUAGUUGCAGGUGCACACCGACGCGCACUGGCACCCGACUCCAGAUCCCUGGCACUCGCAGUACUCGCUGUGCGAGGUCGCUGCCUGCCCACUGCUCGUCGAUCUAUACACUUCCUUGUAGAUCUGGUUCGUCAGGUUAUCCUGAGCUCCAGAGCUUUUCGCUGUCUGCUGCUGCUGUUGCUGCUGCUGCUGCUGUUGCUGCACUGCCGGCUUGCUAACCAGCGGUGCCUGAGGAGUCUGUACGGCGUUCAUUUUUGGUGGAAGAAAUACUUGAAGGCUGAUUUAUAUAAAAGAGUUGGCUUUUUGGAUGGAGGAUGAAGAACGAAAGGGAGAAACCCAGGCGUCCUCUUCCUUUUAUAUCUGCUUGGCUUGGCUCCCUUUUUACUCGCUUCAAUCCGAUAAAC